CCGCGGCCUUACCGAUUGUCCGAGCCGUCGGUUUAUCGGCGUCCUUGCCGUGCACAUCCAUCGAAAAUAUUCUUAAGAUCACCGACUUCGAACGACGUCUUCAUCAAUGUUGAUGAAGACCGUGCGCGUUGGUUUUCAAUUCGUUCGUACGGUAAUAUUUUUACCGAUUUGGACACACUACACGCUGGCAAUAUGAUUUUUUAAAAGAAUCACUUUCAAACAUUUUACUGAUUUUUUGAUGCCACCUUAAUAUUUUUUCUGUACAUAAUAUCAUUAUUGUAGUACCAUUAUUUUGUUUGUUAAUAUCAUUACGUUUGUCAAUCAUGUAUCUUCAACCGCGUUUAUUGUGCACAAGCAAUUAUACAGGGAAACUGACCGAAUUCUGGUCUAACAGCAGACGAUGCAUACACCAAAUGAACGUUAGAAAAAUCUUGAAGACUCCACUGAUAUGCGGUCAACCUACGGACGAAACUCAUCCUCAUUUAAUGAAGAAAGGUGAACUGGUUCCCGGAAUUCAAAAAAAAGAAUUUAUAAUCAGAAGACAUAAGCUCAUGGAAUCCGUUCUGAACACAAGAAAAGAUUUCUAUCAUAUAAUUGUAAUACCAUCGGCUGUUAGACAAUACAUGUCUGACCAUAUUCCUUAUCCGUUUAGACAAAAUACGGACUUCUUGUAUUUUAGUGGAUGUCAAGAAACUGAUUGCGCUUUAGUGAUAUGUGGUAAUUCUAUUGAUAAUUUUACAUCAACCUUGUUUCUCAAGUCAUAUGAUCCUCAGUCUGAGCUGUGGAAUGGACCCAGUACACGAUCUGAGUAUGCACCAUUUAUUUUUGGUGUUGAUGAUGGUAAAACUUUGCCACAACUUUCAGAAUUUUUAAUCUCUGAACUUAAAGAUCAUAAAAAUUGUGUAUUGUGGUACAAUCAAAAGCAAAAAAUCCAAAGUGUUGUUGACAAGACAGUAAAUAAUAUUGCUGCAGAAAAUUCAAUUUAUAUAGAUGAUACUUUAAACAUUCACUCUCAUCAAUUGCGUUUAUAUAAGUCUCCAGCGGAACAAAAGUUAAUGCGUCAAAGUUGUCAAAUAGCUUCUAAAGCAUUUAUUAAUGCGAUGGCAUCUACAAAACCUGGAUCAACAGAACAUGAACUUUAUGCCAGAUUAGAUUAUGAAUGCCGAAUGGGAGGUGCUGAAUAUCUUGCAUAUCCUCCAGUAGUUGCUACUGGAAAUAAUGCUAAUACAUUACAUUAUAUUGACAACAAACAACAGAUCAAAGAUGGAGAUUUAAUUCUUGUAGAUGCUGGCUGUGAAUAUCAUGGAUACUCAAGCGAUAUAUCUCGGACUUGGCCAGCUAAUGGAUGGUUUUCUGAUGCUCAAAAGACAUUGUAUGAAGCGACACUCAGUGUUCAAAAAGAAUUGAUUGACAUGUGUCAAGCACGUCCAUCAUUGGAUACAUUGUAUGAAGCAAUGUGUUUUAAAUUAGGAAAAGUCUUGGCUGAAGCCCAUGUAUUUAAAAAAAAUGUUGACUCUUCAGAAUUAAAUCUGUUUGCCCGUAUGCUGUGCCCUCAUCAUGUUAGUCAUUAUUUGGGAAUGGAUGUACAUGAUAUUAGUACUGUUAAAAAAAAUAUUAAGACUGAACCUGGUUUUAUAAUAACAGUGGAACCGGGUGUUUAUGUUAGCAAAAAUAAUAUACAAGUUCACAAUGAAUUUCUGGGAUUGGGUAUACGAAUAGAAGAUGAUGUAUUAGUGACUGAAAAUAGUAUAGAGGUAUUAAGUGAAGAUUGUCCUAAAGAAAUAGCAGAUAUUGAAAAAAUCAUAUCCAACCCACUUAAAUAAUUAAGUUUUUUAUUGUUUUUGGUUGGUUAUAUCUUUUUAAAA